GGAAUGAAGGCGACUCAGGUAUUUGGUGAGACCACAACGCUAUCCACGAUAACCUUUGAACUGGCUUCAUUCGAUGGAGUCCUGGGCCUGGGCAACCCUGAGCAGUCAGUGAUUGGAAUCACUCCUGUCUUUGACAACUUAAUGGCCCAAGGAGUGCUGAAGGAAAAUGUCUUCUCUAUCUACUUCAGCAGGAAGUCAGGGGAAGUCGGAGAGCUGAUACUCGGAGGCACUGACCCCAACUAUUUCCAAGGGAACUUUCACUACAUCAACACCAGCUGUUCAGACUUCUGGCAGAUCGAGAUGCAAAGGGUGACUGUCAAGUCUUAUGUGCUGUCCUGUGAGGAUGGUUGUAUUGCAGUUAUGGACAUAGGAACAUCCUUCAUCACAGGCCCAUCUGAGCCCAUAUGGACACUGAUGAAGAUAAUUGGAGCUAAGGAAGAUGGGGAAGAGUAUUUUGUAAAAUGUAACCAGAAAAAGAGGCUCCCAGAUAUCUCCUUCACCUUUGAUGGCAAGACUUUCACACUCCAAGCUUCCGACUAUGUCUUACAGAAUGAGGACAGCAGUCAUGAAAUGUGCCAGGUUGCCUUCUAUGGCAAGGAUGUUGAUAACCUGGAAGGACCUCUGUGGCGCCUGGGAGCAAUCUUCAUCCGAAAGUUCUACACGGAAUUUGACCGGAACAACAGUCGCAUUGGUUUUGCCUUGGCAGUCUGACCUGUCUCUGCCCACAUCCCUGUUGGAUCCCACUUUUUCUCCCUGUUGUGCUUCAGUCCUUGGGACAGAGGCAAGUCCCUCCAUCAACCUCUUGAAUCCUGCAGACCUCUGUUAAUCUUCUGCCUUAAUUGAUAAUAGAAUAAAGUUUCAUUACUCAAAUCUGGAUCUGUUUUUUAAAUGAGAAUGGGGUGUAGGAGGAA